AUGGCGUCUGCACAGCCUGCUCUGCCCUCGACGAGGCAGCGCCGCGAUGCUUCUCACGCAGAGGUGCCGAUAGGACGGUAUAUUCGUCUGGACCAGAUCGGCCGGGGUAGUUUUGCCACUGUCUAUCAGGGAGUGCAUGCGAAACAUCGGUCCUACGUUGCCAUCAAGUCUGUCAAUCUAUCGAAGCUCAACAAGAAACUCAAAGAGAACCUAUGGUCGGAAAUCGAUAUCUUGAAAGGCCUCCAUCAUCCGCACAUUGUCGCUUUGAUCGACUGCCAUGAAUCUACAUCCCAUAUCCACUUGGUCAUGGAAUACUGUGCACUGGGAGAUCUAUCUCUUUUCAUCAAAAGGCGAGACUCACUUCGGGACCACCGGUACACGCGAGACAUGAUUGCCAAAUAUCCUAACCCGCGGGUGGGUGCACUGAACGAAGUCAUCGUUCGACAUUUCCUCAAGCAACUCUCAAGUGCGCUAAAGUUCCUUCGUGAUCGGAACUUAAUACAUCGGGACAUCAAGCCCCAAAAUCUGCUACUGUGUCCUUCCCCUGCAUCAUAUCGCAACGGUAUAGCUCAGGUAGUACCCUUCAAAGGAAGCGAUGACUCCUUCACCCCGCUGGCCGGCUUGGAGACUCUCCCGAUGCUCAAAAUAGCGGACUUCGGCUUUGCCAGGUCCCUACCGUCGACAUCAUUGGCAGAAACCCUCUGUGGCUCUCCUCUCUACAUGGCUCCUGAAAUACUACGGUAUGAGAAAUACGAUGCCAAGGCCGACCUGUGGUCUGUCGGAACGGUCUUGUACGAGAUGGUUGUUGGCAAGCCUCCUUUCAUGGCAUCUAAUCAUGUCGAAUUACUUCGCCGGAUUGAACGCCACAAGGAUAAGAUUCGUUUCCCGGAUGACCUUGAGACUUCUGCCGAUAUUAAAUCCCUCAUUCGGGGACUCCUCAAGAUGAAUCCUGUGGAACGGAUGACGUUUGCCGAUUUCUUCGACAACAUCGUCAUUCAGGAGAACAUUCCUGGUCUCGUAGCUGAUGAUCUUCCUCCAUCCCAACGCCAUUUCUCGACAGGUCAAAUGGAGGCCGGCUCACCGAACAAUAAUAGCAGUGGACUGCCCAAUCCACAAGAACCUAGGCCGCGUCUUUCUCACGAACAAAGGCUUUCUGAGGAUAUUAGAGAACCUGCGUUCACUCGUUCCCCCUUGCCACCAACACCUCGGCAGUCCAGUAGCCCUCGCAUUGAGUCCGGGACUCCCCCAAGACCUGAAGUGCUUCAGCGAACUCCGAGUGGAGAUAGGUUACCCCGUUCUGGCGAUGUACAACGCGCAGCCGUUGUCAGCCGAAGGCCGGGUCCCAUCUCACAUGCAACUGCACCAGCUCGACAAGAAGGUGUAGACAAAAACCAAAUGGCUCUCGAACGACGGCCAAGCCGCAACUCACCUCUUCCAUCUCCAAUAAUUCGACAAGAAGAAGACCGAACACUCAAGGACGAGCGUGAACGGGCUGCGCAAGAUGUAGCUUUUGAGCGCGACUAUGUUGUUGUGGAGAAGCGAGCAGUUGAAGUCAAUGCCUUCGCUGAUGAGCUAGCGAAUAGUCCUCGUAUUCACACAGGAUCUCGUCUAUCUGGUGGCAUUGUGCGACGAGCGACAGUACAAAAUGUUCCAUCAGCAAACAAUCCUCCUGCUUCCCCGAAAGCCAUACAAAUCUCAGGGCGUGCGCGAGCUGACUCCCAUACUCGCCAAGGCUCAUACGAACGACGAUAUGGCCAGAGUCCGUCAUCCGCUACUUCAGCCAUAUCAAAGGCAUUGAACAUGGCCACUGACCGACUUUUCGGGGUGGGAUUUUCGCCGCCCAUGGGGUUGAGCAAGGGAGGGCGAUCUCCGCCAUUAACAUACAACCCCUACCCGGCAUAUCCAGCCGCACAAUACAGUUUGUUAAUGGCAGGCGAAGGAGGAAAGGCAAAUUCUGCGUUAGACGAGGACACCAAGACAGUUCAAUAUAUAGAAGAUUGCGCUACUCGGAGCGAUGUCGUUUAUGGAUUUGCUGAGGUGAAGUACAAGCAGUUGAUCCCGCUUGCUCCAUCGGUGCAGACAGAUCUAGACAAGGCUGGGGAGCAGACUUUUGUCGAUUCCGAUGAUGGUGAGCUCACACCCGACGCGGUGGUUACAUUGUCCGAGGAAGCUUUGGUACUGUAUGUCAAGGCAUUGGCACUUCUGGCAAAGUCAAUGGAUAUUGCUGGAGCUUGGUGGGCACGCAAAAACCGUGGCGAAGUUUUUGGAGAUCCCAAUCAAGGAACAUCUCCAACCAACGCUCUCGUGGGCACUCGCAUCAACAAUGUUGUCCAAUGGGUGCGUAAUCGGUUCAACGAAGUGCUCGAGAAGGCAGAGUUCGUCCGCCUGAAGCUCAUUGAAGGCCAAAGGCGCUUAUCGCCUGAUCAUCCAAACCAUCCGAGCAACCAUUCUCUUGACUCUGCUUCCGCCGGUACUCUUGGCACCUCUGCCGACCAUGUUGUGGUCAGCUCUGGUGUCACCGCAGAGAAGCUAAUGUACGACCGGGCCUUGGAGAUGAGCCGAGCGGCAGCCAUCAAUGAACUUACUGGAGAGGAUUUACAAGGUUGCGAAAUCGCCUACAUCACGGCGAUUCGCAUGCUUGAAGCUGUCUUGGAGAACGAUGAACUGUCCCAGUCACAAAAGAGCGGUGAUCGAGUUGUUGAUUCAGAAAGGAUCGUUCUCGACGGAGUUCAGGUUGAGGAUCGCAAGGUGGUUAGCAAACUCGUUUCAAGCAUUCGCUCUCGAUUGACAUCUCUUCGCAAGAAGAUUGCCCUCAUGGCGAAGCACUCGUCUGGUCCUGUCGGCACAUCGCCUAGCAGAAUGCCGUCGACAAGGUCACGACCGGGGUCCCCUGCGAUUCCUUAUCCAGUUCCAGAUAUCAGUCCACCCCGGUGA